GCUGACCGCGACCACCACCACCACCUCCUCCACCGCCUUCCCCCACCUCCCAUCACGGUCUCUGCGUCGUUUCUGCUCCUCAACGACCGCGCUUGCUCGAUCCCUGUUUACCGACGGACGCUAUUGCUUGCUGAUCCCCGCUCUGAUCACUGGUUCUCACUGCGACUCCAGUCGCACGCGCACCGAACGCACUACUCUAUCGCCGAUUCAUCUUAGCAUCCCGAUACGACUUGGACGAGUGCAUUUAGCUUGCUGGAUAGGAUAGGAUAUGGACACACACCACCAAGAUCCCGAGGAUUUUUAUGUGAAGCAGGACAGGAUCGGGAAGGGAUCGUUCGGAGAGGUGUACAAGGGAUAUGAUAAACGCACUCAAAAGACCGUGGCCAUCAAGAUCAUCGACCUCGAGAGUGCCGAAGACGAGAUUGAGGACAUUCAACAGGAGAUCCAGAUCCUCUCCCAACUCGACUCUCCGCAUGUCACCAAAUACCACGGAUCCUACCUCAAGGGCUCGCACCUAUGGAUCGUCAUGGAAUACUGUUCCGGCGGCUCGUGUUCUGACCUUAUGAAGCCUGGCGUAUUCCGAGAAGAGUACAUCGCCAUCAUUGUCAGGGAGCUCUUGAAGGGUCUCGAGUACUUACAUACCGAGGGGAAGCUUCAUCGCGAUAUCAAAGCUGCAAACAUCCUUCUCUCCGCUGGUGGAGACGUCAAGCUAGCCGAUUUCGGUGUUUCUGGCCAAUUGUCGGGUACGCUUUCAGCUAAGAAGAACACAUUCGUCGGCACACCAUACUGGAUGUCGCCCGAGGUUAUCAAGCAGAGUGGCUAUGAUCACAAGGCCGACAUUUGGUCCUUGGGUAUCACCGCCAUCGAGCUCGCAAAGGGUGAGCCGCCAUACGCGGAGUUGCACCCAAUGAAGGUGCUAUUCUUAAUCCCGAAGAACCCGCCCCCGACGUUGGAGGGACCCUUCUCCAAGACAUUCAGGGAGUUCGUGUCAUAUUGCCUUCAGCGUGAUCCCCGAGACCGCCCGUCCGCGCGGGACCUGCUCAAGCACAAGUUCGUCCGCAUGGCGAAGAAGACGAGCUAUCUCACCGAACUCAUCGAGCGACACGAGCGAUGGAAGGCCGAGGGUGGCGAGCGUGUGGAGGAGGAAGAGCGGCAGCACGUCGAGGACAUCGCUAACAGCGACCCAGAGGAUCUGUGGGACUUCGGAACCGUGCGACACGCGGGCACGGUUGGGCGCGCGCCGACGAGCUCGAUCAAGGUGUCGGGUCCCCCGCUUACAUGGGAGAAUAACGGGACGACGCGCUCAGAUGACUCGGGGGGCUCAGUCUCAGGGAGCUCGACGUUCUCCCGCAGGGGCCCGUCCGGCUUGAUUGACGCGACCACCGUCAGCAGCAAGACGGACCUCCCACCCCUACCCGCGUCGAACCCCUCGACGCCGCGCAAGUUUGAUCAACAGGCGACGAUACGCAAUGGCUCCGUUGCGCCAGCAGUGGCUCCCAGGAGGGAGCCCUCGGACGAAUAUGAUGACGAUUAUGAAGAUGAGCCAAACGGAUAUGUGGCUGGCGCAACGAAUGGACGACCGCCCGUUGUUGAUGACGAGUUGCCCGACACCACUAUGCUGGACUCGGUGGUAUUGCCUGCGAUCGCUUCGCUGUUCCCGCGUGUGUCUACCCAGGAAGCAAGAGUGGCCCUGAGCGCCCUCCAGCGCGCAUUCACCGAGGCCGAGCGCAUCAUUCCUGGGGUGACCAUGGAAUUGAUUAACGAGGUUGUCGAUUCGGUCGAACAUGUGGAAGACGACAGAUGAACAACGUAACAUUCCUGUACCCGUGUACUAUCCACUGGCUAUGUUUCUUUCCUCUCAGCACGAUAUCCCUGCAACCUUCCCGGACACUCAUCCUACCACGUCUCGAACAGCGGCACGUUAUAUCUAGCCCUAGCCAGCAGUUCUCGUACUGUGUCUCAUGUAUCAUCACAGUUGCUUUCUUGCAAUCCCUCCAUCGUAGCUACCACUCCAGCAAUAUACCAUAGGCAAUCGUACAGAUAAUACA